AGGGAAGGAGGGAAGUGGGGGAAGUGGGAGCCAGAGGCAGCAGCUGAGCAGUCCAAGGAGCCGGGAGAGGACCAUCUGGAAUGGAGGCGGGUUCCCAGGUCACGGUGAUCAGGAGCAGCCGGGUGGUGAUGGACGAUGCCAUCAUCCCAGCAGAGAUCAUCAUCGACCGGGGCCAAAUUGCUGAGAUUCUGCCCAUUGGCAGCACGGUUCUGAGCCAGGGGGAGAAGGUGCUCGAUGUUGGCCACUUGGUGGUCAUGCCUGGCAUCGUAGACUCUCACGUACACAUCAACGAGCCAGGACGCACAGCCUGGGAGGGAUUCCACUCGGCCACCAGGGCGGCAGCAGCUGGAGGCAUCACCACCCUGGUGGACAUGCCACUGAACUGCCAGCCUCCAACCACCACCUUGGCCAAUCUCUACACCAAGCUCCAGGCAGCCAGAAGCCAAUGCCACGUGGAUGUGGCCUUCUGGGGAGGCCUGAUCCCCGGAAACACGGCUGAACUCAAACCCAUGAUGAAGGCUGGCGUGCCCGGAUUUAAGUGUUUCCUGAUCGACAGCGGAGUGGAGGAAUUCCCCAGUGUUGGCGCCCAGGAUGUGCACUCAGCCAUGAGGGAGCUGCAGGGGACAGACUGCGUCCUUCUGUUCCACGCCGAGGAGGACGUGGAUGCGGAGAAGUCCGGAGGAGGAGGAGGAGGAGGAGGAGGAGAACCUUCCCAGUACAGCACGUUCCUGGCAUCCCACCCAGACGUCAUGGAGGUCGAGGCCAUCCGGACGGUCAGCGAGCUCUGCCUCCAGUACAAGGUGAGAUGCCACAUUGUCCACCUCUCCACGGCACAAGCCCUGCCCAUCAUCAGGGAGGCCAGGCAGAAGGGGGCGCCCCUCACCGUGGAGACCACCCACCACUACCUCUCCUUGGCUGCCCAGCACGUGCCCCCCGGAGGCACCCAGUACAAGUGCUGCCCUCCGAUCCGGAGCAAGUGUAACCAGGACCAGCUGUGGAGGGCCCUCCAGGAGGGGGACAUCGACCUGGUCAUCUCAGACCACUCGCCCUGCACCGCGGACCUGAAGCACUUGGAAAGUGGCGACUUCCUCCAGGCUUGGGGAGGCAUCUCCUCUCUGCAGUUAGUUCUCCCUCUCUUCUGGACCUCCGCACGGCGCAGAGGGUUUUCCCUUCAUGACGUGGUCCGAUUUAUGUGCAAGAACCCGGCCAAACUGAGCGGCCUCGCGGCGCAGAAGGGAGCCUUGUGUCCGGGGCAAGACGCUGACCUGGUGAUCUGGGACCCAGAGAAGGAGUUUGAGGUCAAAGAAAGCAUGAUUCAGCACAAAAACAAGGUAUGGGCGUCUGCCGUCCCCUUCAGACCACACGUCUCCUUAGGGCAGGCUGGAAGGGGUCCCUCUCCCCCCCUCCCUCCACAUGGAGCACUGGGUGAGCUGACGCCCUAUCUAGGCUUUCGCCUUCAUGGAGAGGUUUUUGCUACUGUUGUCCAUGGCAACCUGGUUUAUCUGAAUGGGGAAUUUUCACCAGUACCACAAGGGAAUCUGCUUCUGGUGAAAUGAUCUACCCAGGGAAAAGCUCAUCUUCCUCUUCUAGCUGUUUUCAAGCUUCAGCUCAGGUGGCACCUCCUACAGGAAGUCCCCCACCCCAAAUGUUACUUUGUAUUUACUUUGUAUAUAUUUUUUACUUAAUUAUCUAUGUACACCUUAGUCCUCAUUCCCCAGAAGAAUGGCAAACACAAUUACAUUUUUGUCUUUGUAUCAUUUGAUUGUGAUACAAUUGGCAAUAAAUGCUUAUUGCAUUGUAUUGGAGUGGAUUAAUGGAAGAAAAAAGCAGGGGGCCAAGACUCAACUUCUCAACAAUACUGGACACAAGGAGCAGCUUAGGUGGCUCAAUGGAUAAAACACUGGACCUGGGGUCAGGAGGGCCUGAGUUCAAAUCUGGCCUCAGAUUCUUCCUAGCUACAUGACCUGGGCAAGUCACUUAAACUCACUUGCCUAGCCCUUGCCCUUCUGGCUUAGAGUUGUUACUAAGUCAGAGAGGAAGGGUCUUAAAAACCCAACAGUACUCAGCAGAACUUGACAGAAGAAGGGAACAGUGGAAAUGCUUUUCAAGACAGAGGAAAGAUGAAGCAGCCAGUUUGAUAGAUAAAUUCAAAAACUUCUCAGAAUGUAAUUUAAGAUCUAGGGGCCACCAGAUGUGUUAUUGGGUCUAGAGCAGUGAUGGUGAACUUUUUAGAGACCGAGUGCCCAAACUGCAACCCUCACACCACCUGUGAGCCCCCUGUGGAGAAGAGAGAAAUUAUAUGUCAUGCAGCCAGACAAGAAGCUGGAGAUUGAUCAGCUGUCCAUCAAAGGAAGAUUCCAUUUGGAUUGUGACCGGGAAACGGUGGAAGGCAAGAGCCAGCUGCUGACUGAUUUCUGGGCUUCUUGGCUGAUGGUGGUAACUUUGAAGGAAGAAGCUGGGUUUAUCUCUGGGCCUUGGGAUAAUCAAGCUGGAGGUGGUCUGGCUGAUUUGAAGGCAGAAGAAGAAGGACAAGAGUCCAUAUCUCUCUCUGACUUCCUCUGUUUCAUGGUAGUGACUGAAUUGCCAUUUCUCUCAAUAUCCUCCAACCUAAGACUCACUGUAGAUAAUAGGGAAACCUCCAACCCUCUUACCUCCAUCCUCCACCUUUCCUGUUUUCCCCAAUAAAUACUUACUUGAGAUAAAGAAGAGAA